CAUCAUCAUCUACUAUAAAACCUCUCAAUCCAGAGAGUACAAGCAGACUGGUGACAACAACUAACAGUAGUACAGGAAUAACUUCCAAACAUUUAAAAGAUACAAAUUUAAAAUGCAGAACGUAGACAGAUUAUGGAUUUUUUCGAAUACCGCCAAGAAGAUAUACCAGACCAAUGUUCUUGGAGAGACUUUGCACUCCAUUGAUGUUGAUCCCGAAUGGCAAAUAGCAGGAAUUUGCGUUACCCGCGGAGAGGAACUUCUCGUUUGUUGUAAGGGCGACCAGACGAUCAAGAAAUGCACAAAAAGUGGAUCUGUUAUUGACUUAAUCAAUAUGGCUCCUUUAAAACCAAUAUCUAUCUGCACUUCAUGGUCAACAGGAGAAAUUCUGGUUGGGGCUAUGGAUGGUUCCAUUUCUGAUGAAGAUGCUUUCACCUCCUCAACAGGGCGUAGGGUUGUCUUCAAAUACACAAAAUCGGGUGAAAAGACGGUUGAAAUACAGUUCGAGUCCCUUGGUGUGCCUCUCUUUACCGUCCCAUGGAAACUGCAAGUGGGAACAAAUGGAGACAUUGCCGUCUGCAAUAUGAAAAGUGAAAAAGAAGGAGAGAUUAUCCUUCUCGAUAAAUAUGGUCGACUGAAAUUCCGAUACCGCGGUAAUGAAUCAAAUAUGGACGAAAAGACCGCGAAGUUUUGUCCUGUUGGACUUUGUUUUGAUGACAAAAGUAACGUUGUUGUGAGUGAGGCCCAUUCAUACUCCGUGCAGCUGAUAGACACUGAGGGCAAGUUUCUGGGUACCCUCUACAGAAACAGACGCUACCCUCCCACCGAUAUUGUGAGGGGCUGCAAUGGAGAUCUGAUGGUCGGGUGCUCUCAAGGCAAAGUACACAUCCUGAAAAGUAACUGAUCUGAACACACUGUCAUCAUAAAAAUACUCAUGUACUGUUGUACUUACUACUUGUUCAUAAUAAUUUUGUUUUUAUAUGAAUUUACUGUCUACUUUUGUUUGUGUUUGCUUAAUAAUAAAUUAA